UAUAUGACUGUCGCUCAUUGACACCGGUAAGUUGGUUGAGACCUCCGCCCUCUUUCGAUGUUUCCAAGAGCAACAACUCCUUACUUGUAACCUUAACUACUCUUCCCACAAACACAGAAAAGCCACAAACCGAAACUCAAUUCCCUCUCUCUUUUUCUCUCUGUUUCUGGUUACUAAUUCCCCCGUCAAUGGCUCAGCUUCUGAAAACCACAUUCGUCCCGUCCUCUGCGUCUUUUCGUCGCCCUUCCAAUCCCUCAUUUCACAUUUCCCAUGCCCAUAAUACCCGUGUCCAUAUCAACGCAAAGAUCCGAGAGAUCUUCAUGCCAGCACUCAGUUCCACAAUGACAGAGGGAAAGAUUGUAUCUUGGAUUAAAUCAGAAGGCGACAAGCUCUCUAAAGGGGAAAGCGUGGUGGUUGUUGAAUCAGAUAAAGCUGACAUGGAUGUCGAGACAUUUUACGAUGGCUAUUUAGCGGCCAUCAUGGUCGAAGAAGGCGGUGUUGCUGCUGUUGGUUCUGCUAUUGCUUUAUUAGCUGAAUCCCCAGAUGAAAUCGAUCAAGCCAAAUCCAAAGCCUCAUCAUCAUCCCCAUCAACUUCUCAAUCAUCAUCAAUAGCUCCUGCUGCUCCAGAACCUGCGAAAAUUGAAGCUGCUGUGGGCCCUGCAGUUGCCAAACCAGCGGCAGCGGCGGCGGUUGUGGGUUCAGCUGUGCAUCCGGCGUCUGAAGGAGGGAAGAGAGUGGUGGCGUCGCCUUAUGCUAAAAAGCUUGCUAAGGAUUUAAAGGUGGAGUUGGGGAGAAUUGUGGGGAGUGGUCCAAUGGGUAGAAUUGUCGCUAAAGAUGUUGAAGCUGCUGCCAUAGCUGCUAAUGCUAAUGCUGAUGCCGACGUCGCACCUGCUGCAAGCAAAGUGGGGACAGUGAGUACUGUGUCGGCUGGGGUUGAGUUGGGAAAGGUGGUGCCUUUUACUACAAUGCAAGGUGCGGUUAGUAGGAAUAUGGUGGAGAGUUUGGCUGUUCCUACUUUCAGAGUUGGUUAUACUAUUACCACUGAUGCACUUGAUGCUCUUUACAAGAAGAUCAAGUCUAAGGGAGUGACCAUGACAGCCUUACUUGCGAAGGCUACAGCCCUUGCUUUGGUUAAGCAUCCUGUAGUAAACUCUAGUUGUAGAGAUGGUAACAGCUUUACAUAUAAUAGUAGUAUCAACAUCGCAGUUGCUGUGGCCAUAGAUGGUGGGUUGAUAACGCCGGUUCUUCAAGAUGCUGAUAAGGUUGACAUUUAUUCAUUGUCUAGAAAGUGGAAGGAGUUAGUUGAUAAGGCCCGGGCCAAGCAGCUGCAACCUCAUGAAUAUAAUACAGGUACCUUCACACUUUCUAACCUUGGAAUGUUUGGUGUGGAUCGCUUUGAUGCCAUUCUGCCACCUGGAACUGGAGCAAUCAUGGCUGUUAGUGCAUCUCAACCAACUGUUGUGGGUACCAAGGAUGGCCGCAUAGGCAUGAAGAACCAGAUGCAGGUAAAUGUUACAGCUGAUCAUCGUGUAAUCUAUGGCGCUGAUCUGGCUUCCUUCUUGCAAACCCUGGCAAAGAUCAUUGAGGACCCCAAAGAUCUUACUUUCUAAAACACAUUCAAGUCACCAAAUGAAACCUUACUUAACCUUGCUUUUUAUAGUACACACUUGUUUAACUUUGUUGUAUGUUUGCAAAGCUCAUUUUCCUAAUGCUUGAUAUUUAUGGAAGAAACCCACACAGAAAAGCGGAGGAGCUGAGUCGCUCUGUUCAGGUUCUAGAGAGAAUAGGAGUAGAAUUUUGAAGAGCAGUGCUUGUUUGUUCUCCAGACAUUACAAUUUUUGUACUUUAGUGGUGCCAUAAACACUGGCUGUUCACUGUCUUGCCAAUCAUAAUUUUUUGUGGUUCA